UGGGUCUGCAUGACUCAGUAGAGGAUGAAGCCCAACCUGACAGGCUCUUCCCCAGAGGCUUGCAAAGCUUCCAGCCAGGGCGAGAAGAACUGUCCCGUCUGCCAGGCCUGGGGAGGGGUCUCAGGCCAGGCAUCUGAGUCAGGACCUGGACCGGGGCCUGGGCCACGCUCUGGUGCUGUGUUAGGACCUGGACCUGGGCCUGGUACUCUUCUGGGUCCUGGUGCUGUCCUGGGGCCUGGGCUGGGACCUGGUGCUGUAUCAGGACCUUGGCUGGGGCCUGGUACUGUUCUGGGACCUGGUGCUGUCCUGGCAUCUGGGCUAGGACCUGGGCUGAGGCCUGCUGCUAUCCCGGGGCCUGGGCUGGGACCUGGUGCUCUAUCAGGACCUGGGCUGGGGCCUGUUACUAUUCAGGGACCUGGUGCUGUCCCGGGGCCUGGGCUGGGACCUGGUGCUCUGUCAGAAUCUGGGCCAGAGCCUGGUGUGGUUCUAGAACCAGGACCUGGGCAAGGGUCUGGUACUGUUUUGGGGCCUAAGCUGGGGCUUAGUGCUGUUCUGGGGCCUGGACCAAGGCCUGGUGCUAUGUCUGGACCUGGACCAGGAGCUGGGUCAGUACCUGGGCCAGGAGCUGUACCAUUACCUGGGCCAGGAGUAGGGUCAGGGCCAGGGCCCAGGCGGGGGUCUGGGACUGGGCCCAAACCCAGUGAGCCAACAACAGCCCCAACACGAGCACCACAGCAGAAGACUCAGGCCACACCCGUGCAGGCCCCUCGGCAGAAGGUUCUGGUGACUGGAGGAGGAGGGUACCUGGGCUUUAGCUUGGGUUCCAGCCUGGCCAAGAGUGGCUCUUCUGUCAUCCUGCUCGACCUCCGCAGACCCCAGUGGGAGCUGUUCCCAGGGACUGAGUUCAUCCAGGCUGAUGUCCGAGAUGAAGAAGCCCUGUACCGCGCCUUCGAAGGGGUGGACUGCGUCUUCCAUGUGGCAUCCUAUGGGAUGUCCAGUGCUGAGAAGCUGCAAAAAGAACAGAUUGAGUCUAUAAAUGUUGGAGGCACCAGACUAGUGAUUGAUGUUUGUGUCCGCCGGCGGGUUCCAAGGCUCAUCUACACCAGCACCAUCAAUGUCGUAUUUGGCGGGAAGCCCAUAGAACAGGGAGAUGAGGACUCUGUGCCAUAUUUCCCGUUGGAGAAGCACAUGGACCACUACUCCCGAACCAAAGCCAUUGCGGACCAGUUGACCCUCAUUGCCAAUGGAACACCUCUUCCAGGAGGAGGCACUCUGCGGACCUGUGUGCUCCGGCCUCCAGGGAUCUAUGGCCCUGAAGAGCAGAGGCACCUGCCCCGCGUGGCGAGCCACAUCAAGAAGAGGCUGUUCAUGUUCCGAUUUGGAGACCACAGGACACGGAUGAACUGGGUCCAUGUGCGCAAUCUGGUUCAGGCACAUGUGCUGGCGGCCGAGGCCCUCACAGUGGCCAAGGCCUAUGUGGCUAGUGGACAGGCAUACUACAUCAAUGACGGGGAAAGCGUCAACCUCUUCGAGUGGAUGGCCCCACUGUUUGAGAAGCUAGGGCACAGCCAGCCCUGGAUCCAGGUGCCCACAUCCUUGGUCUACCUGACAGCCACCAUGAUGGAGUAUCUGCACCUGGCCCUGAGGCCCAUCUGCAGUGUCCCACCGCUGCUCACCCGGAGUGAGGUGCGCAGCGUGGCUGUGACGCACACCUUCCAGAUCGCCAAGGCCCGCGCCCAGCUCGGCUACGCGCCGGAGAAGUUCAGCUUCGCCGAUGCCGUGGAGCUGUACGUGCAGUCCAUGACCGGGCGGCCCCGCGGCCCCACGGCGCGGACGCUCCUGCGGCUGCUGCUCGGGCUGCUGCUGCUCGGCCUGCUCGUCCUGGCCCUGCUCUUCCCAGGCCUGCUGCCGGCCGUAAUCUGAGCUUCGCCACCUGCCUGGUCCCUGCCCCUGCUUCACCUUCCGUGCUUGGGCCGGCCCGCCCCACCCUAUGGGUUGCGCCCUUGCUCCGUCCCCUCUCCGUCCUUCGGGUCUUUGUCCCGCUUCCCCUGGCCUGGCCCGGUUACGGACGAAGUCGUAGCCUUAGAGACGGCUUCGCCUUGCGGGCCCUCUCCCCGCUCAUGCCCAGGCCUGUCCCGAUCCCGGUUUUUCCCAGACCCACCUGGCCCCACCAGUACGUCUAAGCCCACCCCUUGGCUUCUACUUCCGAAACUGGUCCCUCCCCUCUCCUACUUGUGAUUCGGUCCCAGCCCCGCCCCCUGUGGCUCCACCCACCUCUCGCACGCCGCCUAGGUGAGCUCUCUGGGCGGCCUGCAGCAAUCCAGGGGCUAGUGCAGGCGAGGGCGGGGUUUGCAGUGUUCAAUGCUGCUGCCUGUCUAGGGCCUCCGGACCCUUCUCACUGCCCAAGCUUCUCUGGGCUUAUCCUGAGAUCUUCUUGGCUUCUUGGAUUAGACCCAUUCCAGGAGAACUGCGUUUGAUACGCUGCUACCCUAAAGUUUUGGGUUCCUUCACUCGUGCAGGUCUGUCUUUGUGUUGAUAUCUAGGAUAGGAAGGACGCUGGAACCCCAGGCUUCUGCCUAGACCAACCUGGCCUUUUUGGGUUUCCAGUUUAUGAGUCUGGGGAUGAGUCAGCUUAUUGUAAUCACAGGUUCCUGUACCAGCAAAAACAUAAAAAAGAAAAAAGACUUUAAGGUGGUCAAAAGGUACAAAUUCCCAGCUAUAAAUAUGUAAUGGAAAUGUACAGCAUGGUUACGAUGGUUGAUAAUUUGUAUAUGUAUUGCUAAGGGAGUAGAUCUUAAAAGUUUUCAUCACAAGAAAAAAACGUGCUGUGGUGAUGAGUAACUAGACAUUGUGAUAAUCAUUUCACAAUACAGUAUUACAUAUAUUGAAUCAUUAUGUUGUACAUCAGAAACCAAUAUAAUAUUAACAUGUCAAUUAUAUCUAAAAAAACACUUUUUAAAGAAUGGACUUCUUUAAAAAGUAUCAGUACAGUUAUA